GCCGUGUCUGUGGCUGAGCUGCCUGCCGCUCCUGCUACAUCUUGGGGGCGGUGUGGGGUGUGGGUAAGCGCUUUCCUCCUCUCUCCCUCUCUUGGAUGCUGUGUGGUCUUUUCGGUGGGAGAUGCUUUUUUGGCUCAAAGAAGAAGAGAUGUCGCAUCAGGAGCUGAGCCAGCGGCUGGCUACGGUCAUCACGCAUGUGGAUGAAAUCAUGCAACAGGAGAUCAGGCCCCUCGUUGCCGUGGAUAUCAUAGAACAGCUUCACCGGCAGUUUGCUAUCCUGUCAGGAGGAAGAGGGAACGAUGGUGCACCCAUCAUCACCUUCCCUGAGUACGCAGGUUUCAGCGAGAUCCCUGAUGAAGAUUUCCUGAACGUUGUGACAUAUUUGACUAGCAUCCCCAGUCUGGAGGCUGCCAGCAUCGGGUUCAUCAUCGUCAUCGACAGACGGCGGGACAAAUGGAGCGCAGUAAAGGCGUCUCUGACACGAAUAGCAGGCGCAUUUCCCGGGAACCUGCAGUUGGUCUUCGUCCUGCGGCCGUCCCGUUUCAUCCAAAGGGCAAUCGCUGACAUUGGCAUCAAACUGUAUCGCGAUGACUUUAAAAUGAAGGUACCGAUCAUCAUGUUAAAUUCGGUUUCCGACCUACAUGGUUACAUCGACAAAAGUCAGCUUACCCGGGAGCUAGGGGGAACCUUGGAAUAUGGACACAGUCAGUGGAUACAUCAUCGGACUGCCAUUGAGAAUUUCGCCAUGACCGUGAAAACAAUAGCGCAGAUGUUGCAGACUUUUGGAACGGACUUGGCAGAGACGGAACUUCCCAACGAUGUGCAAUGUACGGAGGAGCUCCUGUCUUCGCACACAGAGCAGCACAACAAGCUGAAGGAUGAGCUGAAACUCGCAGUGAAACAAGGGGCCACGCUGCUGACUUGCAUCAGAGAGCCUGUCACACGAAGUGCCACCAGCAAACUGAGCCCAGACGAGCUUGAAAACGUGGCCACCGUGGAAAGGUUGCUAGCUCAGCUGGAUGAAACGGAGAGAGCCUUUGAUCAGUUCUGGUCCAAACACCACCUAAAGCUUGAACAGUGUUUGCAGCUCCGACACUUUGAGCAGGAUUUCAGAGAGGUCAAACUGGCCCUGGACAACCUGAUGGAAGUGCAGGCAGGGUUCACGGAUAUUGGAGACAGUGUCUCCCGAGUGGAGAACAUUCUAAAGGAGCGGAAGCAAUUAGAAGAGAGAGGACAGGAGCCAUUGGAAAAAGCCCAGUCCUUAGCGCUCCAUGGAGACCAGCUGAUCCAAAACAACCAUUAUGCAAUUGACUCCAUUAGACCAAAGUGUGUUGAACUCAGGCGCAUCUGCGAUGAUUUUGCCAACGAGACCAAGAAAAAAUACGACAUUUUAGGGAAGUCGCUGGAAUUGCACAAACAAUUAGAUAAGGCAAGCCAGUGGUGUGAAGCUGGGAUCUAUCUCUUAGCUUCCCAAGCCGUAGACAAGUGUCAGUCACAAGAGGGAGCUGAAACGGCACUUUGUGACAUAGAGAGAUUCCUGGAAACCGCCAAGGACCACCAGCUGUUGACUGCAAAGGAGUUCUACAAUCAGUUUGAUACGAUUCUGACGCCUGAGAUAAAGAGCAAUGCCCAAAGAGUUCUACAAAAGCUGGAAGAUGUGCAAGAAAUGUUUGACAAGAGGCAAGCGAGUCUGAAGAAGCUGGCAGCCAAGCAGACCCGCCCAGUGCAGCCCGUUGCCCCACAUCCUGAGUCGUCGCCAAAGCGAGUGCCACCCAAAAGCAUCCGGCCAGCCACAUUAGCUGCCAACAGGAAAUCAGUAGAAAUUUCUAGUCCUCCCAAAUCCAUCUCUGAAGCAGACUUGUCGAAAAAGAAAAGUGUAAAGAAGAUGAAAGGUGGAAUUAAGAUUGAAGUAAUGCAUGAAGCAAGUCAGGGAGGUUCCAGCAGAGUCUUAGUGAUGAGUGAAAGUGAAGAAAAUCUUUCCACCAGGAGGAGCCAUAUAAUAAAUGAACUGAUAGAAACAGAACGGGUUUACGCAGAGGAACUUCAAAGCAUAAUAGAGGGCUAUGUAUCUGAAAUGGACAAUCCUGAUUUAAUUCACUUGAUCCCAACGGCAGUGUCAAACAAGAAAGAAGUUCUUUUUGGAAACCUCUCGGAGAUUUAUGAAUUCCACAACAGAAUCUUCCUCAAAGAGCUGGAAAACUGCAUUGAAAACCCAGAGCUUCUUGGUCGGUGUUUUUUAAAAAGAAAAGAAGAUCUCCAAAUAUAUGAGAAAUAUUGUCAAAACAAGCCACGGUCGGAAGCUCUCUGGAGACAAUGUGGAGACAGCCUCUUCUUUCAGGAGUGCCAGCGGAAAUUGGACCAGAAACUCUCGCUUGACGCUUAUCUCUUGAAGCCAGUCCAGAGGAUUACCAAGUACCAGCUGCUAUUGAAGGAAAUGCUGAAAUGCAGCAAGAAUUCAGAAGGCACAGCUGAACUGGAGGAAGCUCUAGCCACUGUGAUUGAUAUCAUCAAGUCGGCGAAUGACUCCAUGCAUCAGAUAGCAAUUACAGGUUAUGAGGGAGAUGUGCACGAGCUUGGGAAACUGCUCCUGCAAGGCUCCUUCAACGUUUGGACGGAUCACAAGAAGGGUCACAACAAAGUGAAAGAUUUAGCCAGGUUCAAGCCAAUGCAAAGGCACCUCUUUCUCUAUGCAAAGAUCCUGCUGUUCUGCAAGAAGCGCGAAGAGAACACCGACGGCCACGAGAAGUCUCCUUCGUACAGCUUCAAAAAUUCUCUAAAGAUGAGCACGGUUGGUAUUACUGAAAAUGUCAAAGGCGAUAACAAGAAAUUUGAGAUCUGGUACAAUGGCAGAGAAGAAGUCUAUAUUAUUCAGGCUGCUUCCGUGGAGCUGAAGAACACCUGGGUUUCUGAGAUUAGAAAGGUCCUGACAGGACAACUGGAAGCUUGCAGAGAGGCAAGCCAACUACACCAAAGAAUCACCGAGAGUGUGUAUCACGCACCCAUGAAUUCAUUCAGCUCCUCCAGGUACGGCAGGAAGUCCUUGAGUUUGUGCGAGAACAAAUCUGAGCUCUCAAGCCUGGAAAUGUCCAACAACCGGGACAGGAACAUCAGCCCCAACGCCAGACAAAAAAGAGGUUGGCCCAGCAGGCAGAUGCCGUCACUUGAUACGUUUGAGGAUUUUGAAGCCAUCCCAUCCAGCGCUGAGGAACUCUCCAACUCUUCAGAUAUGGAGGAAGAAAGCCAACCUAACAAUGCAUCCAACCUUUACCGGGUAGAAGGCAGUUUUGACACUUGUUUCCCAGAUUCUCUCACUCUAGAGGAUGGAGAUUUAGUGCAGUUUAUACAGGAAGGCGAGGAUGGACAAUGGUUAGUGAAGAAGUUGGUUUCUGAGAAAACGGACUGGGUCCCUUCCAGUCUGCUGCAGCCAGCAGAUGGCGACACCAGCAACAUUCACAAUAUCAGCAAUGCAGAUGUCUACAGUGGUUCCUGCAGCACAGCACCCACAAAUUCAGAAAUGAAGGAGAGUGAGCUGACAAGAAGCUUAACAGCUGAACAGAAAGCUGGGAGUUGAACACACCUUGACGCAUUUCCUCAGGACUCCAUCUUCUUCUCUACUUACUGGUGGACGCUGGACCAAAUCGCCUUUCCCACAAGUUCUGAACUUAAGAAUUCUGUGAAAUUUCAUCAGCAUGGAAUACAUUUUUUAAAAACCUCAACAACUUGCUAAUCUAGGAAAUAUGGAGGAUAAUAGAAACUUCAGAGGUAUCUUAGAACUUGACAAAUGAAACGACAGUAUGCUUUUUUUAUACUGCAUUUUUGGAACCAUUGAAAAGGGUGUUGCCUAAAUUAGGCUGACAGCAUUGAAGGGUCACCAUGCCUUCAGCUUCGUGGCUACGUUGGUUAAAUACUGGAUUAUUUAAAGAAAGGUCUGCAGAUUCCACGGGCGAUAUUCUGUUGCAGCGGCCAUCUCAAAUUCCUCCAUCCAUUCAGAUCAGCUGCUCAUCCUCUCCUCAAGGCUUGAUUUCCUCAAGACAAUCAUGGUCGGCAAGAACAACAGAAAUAGGUUGGGUGAAGAAAAUACCGUUCCUGAACCUGAGCCAACUAGGACGCCUUUGCACAACAGCAAAGGACGCCGCCUGCUUUGAGAUACGAUCUUCUGUGCUUUGAGUGGUGGCUGGGGAAAGAUGGGCAUCUUGGGACGAGUUAGGCAAAAGCAAGGAACAGUGACUGUGAAGGCAGUUUGGGGGUUUGUCUGUCGUUUCAAGAGGGUGCCUUUGUUUCCCCCAGUUUGUGAUUGAGGGAACAUAUCCUCUGCAUUUGGUGCUGACAUUUCUGUCUGAUGCUGCCGUUCAGGGCUCCACACUUCAUUUUGGGACAUUGUCAUAUGCUGAGCUCUUGAACAGGAUACACACACACACCCCAGCAAAAAAAUUAAGGCUUCCCCCAUGUGAUGUCCUCUACUUGUUUAGGUGCUUGCAAAUGGACCUACGGCUGAUGAGAAUGUGUGGUCAUCUUAAAGGUCUGUUGCCAUGCCAUCUUAUUUCAAGGAAGACUGUACCAUCCCUCUGCUGCGAUGGACAAUGUCACAACCCCCCACCACCACCACCACCGCUUUCAAAUCCCUGAGACAGAAGGCACUUCCAGAAAUAUAUAAAGGUGUUUUUGCAUGAAGGCAUAUUGAUGGUGAUUGGGAAGUGUAGGUCCCACAAAGCUGCUAUAGUAGUGUGAUGUUUGAAAUGAAUUUUGAUCUAGGAAUAGGGCUACUUGAUGGAUGCUGUAUGUACGGCUGGUAAACUGAGAAAAAUAUAAAGUCACCUCCACUUGGCAUCUGGUCAGUCCCCCCCCCCCCAUGCAGCUGCACCACAUGAUCAGCGAUCUCUGGCAAUGGUGCAAAGCAGGGGGGGGGGAUGUGAUUCUUGUGUUGUUGGACUCCAGCUCCCAUCACCCUCAACCAGUGUGCGCCGCGAUUGGUGGGACUUGUAAUCCAACAAUAUCUGUAGGGCCGUGUGUUACCCAUUGCUGGUGCUAAGGGUGCUGGGAUGCAACUCUCAGACUGCAUGCUGCUUGAUUGACCCACCCCAUCAACUGCUUGUGCAGUUGGUCAGGCUCUGGCUGUGCUGUGGGAGAGCAGCCCAGAAUUUAUGUGAGUGUUACACCGACAGGAGGGCUUUGCAGAAAGGCUUCUUUGCGUUGCAGUACUGUGGCUGAAAUUUUAGGCCAUUUCCACAGAAAAUUCCUCAGCAGAAUAAUUCCAAUUUAAAGUGUCUGUUCUGCUCCCACCUCUCGGCAAUUUUUAGUAUGCAGAUUCAAUAUCUGAUAUGCAGCGCUCAACCAGUGGAAGUGGUACACUCCAGCACACUUUUUUUAAAAAAAUCAGAAACAAGGAUGGAGGAGCAAAAUAGCCUCCUGCUGGUGAGAGCUGGCAUGGCUUUGGAUAAUGUGCAAUUCGGCCACCUUUGGAUUUCCUUGCAUGUAAACACAAGCCUAAAGUUGACACAGUUAAGAGCUAAAACAAAAAAUAAAAAAAUCCUUCCAGUAGCACCUUAG